CGCUCUGUCGCUAACUCUAAUUGCUGUUGCUGUUACUUGCUGUAGACCCAUGGUCCUGCUCUGCUGCUGGCAGCGAGAGAUAGAGCGGAUUGCUCCUGCGUCUGAGAGAUUAGACAGAAAGAUUAUUCUCUGUGCGUGUGUGUGUGUUUCGCUGAUGAUUGCUAGUGUGCUUCGCUGCUGCUCUCAUUUUCUUUGUGGGUAUCUUGUUGAUUGCUAACUGUUAAUAUGAGAACAGGUACUGGUUUGAUCUAUACACAAGUUAAAGAUGCAUUGGCUUGAUUCAUUCGUUCAGCUUCUCGGACUAGCCUGCGUCACAAUCCAAACAUGGGGGAGCUUCGGAUUGGGUACCUAUUCCCGGAGAUUAUCAUGAAACAGUAAGCACAUCAGAAGACUACCCGGAGGCGAAGGCCGUUAUCGAUGACACGACUGAAUCCAUACCAAGCAUCACCACAUCGGCUAUGGCCAUGACAAUUGGCUGCAGCUAUUUAUGUAAACCCUGACAAGAUCACAGGCAAGAGAAAGCUCUUUGAACCAAUGCAAGACACAUGUGAAGGUGUUGGGAAUGGGAAAAAUACAGGUGGCUCUAAUCCUUUGACAGUUUCUGGUGAUUCUACACGUCCAUUUGAUGCUUCUGCUUCAAGAGAGGUGUCCCCUGGGCAAGCUUCAUCUACUGCUUCUGCUUCUUCAUCUUAUGUUCACUUCUUACACAACCUGUCGAAAUCUGGCAGUGAUAAAGCAUAUAUGUUCCAGAAACAAUACAGAAAGGAACUGGGUCCUAUUCUGGAGACAACCAAUGAAGAAGAGGGUUCUGAAGAAAAAGUUGACUAUGGCAGUUCUGAUUCUGAGGGUGCUGCUACUUCUGUUCAAUACAUCAACCCUGGUCAGGGGAUCCUUGCUCUAGCUGUUCCUAGUCUUCAGCGUGAAAGAAAUGAUGCAAGUGUUCUUGAGGGAGGAUCUCAACCUGAAGCUGGUGGCACUCAGGAGGACCCCUUGUCUCAGGUUGAUAACCCUGAAGGUGUGGAGGCUACUGCAACAAGAACUGAUGAAUAUUUACCUCCAGCAGGUGGUGGUGCUCAAACUAUUCGCAUGAGCUCCAGGAUUAUCUCACAAGACUUACAUUCCAUCAAGAUUGCUGACAAGGCUACUAAAACUGCUGCUGCAAGAGAUGUAUCAGGUAGCCAUGGUGAAAAAGAUGCUGAUGAGCUGCGUCGAGGAGCUGAUGGACUCCUGAAACUGGCCACUGCCUCAAGAACCGCUGGAGAAGCUCGGACGGGACCUGGACGUGGACAAAGGACUUCGUUGAUGAAGCAGAUAAUAUGGAGGAGGAAGAUCACACAGAUAUCGCUUGAUGCUUUUGGUUGUAGCCGUUUGAUAGGGGUGGUUUCCUGUUGGUGACCUUCGUUUCAGUUGUUCUGGUGUGUUGCUCGAUUUAGGUGGAAAACUCCUGGUUGUUUCAGGUUGUCUGCUUGCCUUUUGGCGGCCUUUGUGUAUAUCUCGUGCUACGUUUCGUUAGCUAGAACUUGUGUAACUUGCCAGGUUGGCAAGAGAUACUAUGCUGUAUGGUUUCGUUAUCUCGCGGUAAUGAAAUCC